AUGCAAUAAAGAGAAUCAAGAUUAUCUUAAAGGGCAUUUUCAUCCAAUUCUCCAACUAUGAGUAGUGCCUAUGCUUCAGCUAUGAAGAGUAUGCAGGAUAAAUUAAGAAAUGACACUUGCAGAAAAUCAAUUGAUAUGUCUCCCCAAGACAUCAUGAUUGAAUAACUUAAACAAUAAGUCAAUGAAUUGUCUUCUGAGAACGAUCGGCUCCAAUUACAAUUGAUGAAGGUUUCUCAGGAGAUGGAAAUGAACAAUAGAGCCUCUCAAUAAAUCGAAUUAUUAUAAGUGGAAAGAUUAUAGCAUUUAAAGGAUUACUAAGAUAGAGUGUCUGAAUUGAUAAGGAAGAAUGAAGAGCUCAAACACGAUAGACAUGAGAUCCAAUUGUCAUACGAAAGUCUUCAUAGAUAAUUGUAAGCGUAUAAGAAUAAUGAGAAAGGCUUGUUGCAUAAGGUAGAAAUGAAGAAAUUCGAAGAAAAUUCAAUACUAUUGAACACAGUCUAAGAAUACAAAUAAAAGAUCGAUAUCAAAGAUAAUGUCAUUAAAAAGUUAGAAAAAAGAGUAGAAAUUAUAGAAUCUGAGAAGUUAAAGUUGGAAUAAGAAUUUGAAUAUUACAAAUAGAAACAUCCUGCAUUUAAAUUGCAUGAAUUUGAAAAACAGAUAUCCAAUCUCAAAUAUCAAUUAGAUGAAAAGGAUAGACUAUACUUAAAGAACAUAGAUGAAGCUCAAUCAAACAGACUGUGUAGAGAAGAAUAAAUGGCCAAAAGAAUUCAAGAGUUGAUUCUGAAGAGUUCCGAAUACCAAGAUAUUAUUUAAUAAUUGACUAUGGAUUAUAAGGAUCUGAGUGUUAAAUAUCAUACAAUCAAACUGAAAUUGGAUCAGGAGGAAAAAAGUCAUAAAUAUUUAAAAAGAAGAAUAUCAAGAUAAGAAGAGGCUGAAUUCAAUUAGGGGUACAGAGAAUAGAGAACCAUUAGUAAACUAAAUUUAGACCAAAUUUCACCCACACUUCCCAGUCCCAGAGCAGAUCAAAGUUUAAGGUAGAGCCAAUUAAAACAAGCAAUCCGAGACUGUCUAGAAGACAUGAAGAAUUCUACAUAUAGUCCCGAUAAAAAGAUUGAGUCCAGAAAAAGAUUAAUAUCUCCUUUGUCCCCACUUUAAAAUAACGAAAUCGAAGCUAAAUUAAAAAUAUUAAAUGAAAAAUAUGAAAACUUAAUUCGCUAGGCCUAAAGAGAGAAUGAUUUCAAAAAUAAGGCAGUUAUCAGGAAACAAUUACUGGAGAUAGCUGAGCAAAUUAAGGAAACUGCAAAAGUUGAUCGAAUGAAUUGA